UAGCUUUAGGUAAACGAUACGUGGUAGUGAAAUGUAGUAGAUCUACUUGGCAAUAGUCACUGAGAAUAGUUUUAAUAUUGAAUGAGAAGGCCAUGAUGACUGAAUGCUCAAGGCUUAUAUAUGAUAUGUCGAAACUUUUAUGCAAUCUUUCAUACAAUGUGACCGAACACAACGCCAGCGAGAGUUAUUUUUCUGUUAGAAUCCGGAAACUGAAAUGUUGUAAUUACAGUUUUCAUAGUGUAUCAUAAGUAAUACGCUGUUUAACAGUACGUUAGGAGAGUUAUUUUCACCAAAACAAAUCUGACGAUCCAGAAUAUUCCUGUUCCUGUUGUGUUCGCCAAGUGUGACCUUGGUGACCUCGUUUGCGACGAGGAAAGGUUUCCCCGUGGCCCCUGGCAAAAUGGCGCGAGGCGAUGAAUCAGUGUCGAGCGCAGGCCAAGAAACGAGAGGUCUCCACUCCUUUUCCCAACUGGAAUUCCCCACAGGUCCUCGUGCAGACUUUCGUCUCUCGACUCUCGAUAUGAUGGUUUUCUUUUGGACUUGAACAUUAUUUUUCUCUCUGGAAUGUCACUGACUUUGUUGUGUUGAGCUCUUCAUGAGUUUGGGAAGUGAUUCCACUGCUAGAAUCUAGGCUGUUCUCGAUCUACAUAAUAGAAUACAAAUAGAUCAAUGGAUGAUUGAAGAUUCUUCAUCAUAUAUCAUAAUGUAUAGUAUAGACAGUUUAGAAGAUCUACGAAGAUUGGUUUAGUUUCUAUCGGGAAAUCACCAUUCAUAAUGACUUUGUGAACUUUGUCAAUUCAAGCUAUGGUCUUUUACUCUUGUGUUGUGUUGCCAGCCAACAGCUUUGGACUUUGGAUUCUUCAUAGGCUUUCACUUUCACCGCUUCCCCUUUUAUAACGAUGAAGUCAUGAAGAAACGUGUAGCAUUUCAUUUCAAUUUAUAGCAGCCUGAAAAUAGUAAAGACAAUAAGUUGGAAUGAACACUUUUCAAAAUCAAUUUUUUAAAUUUAAAUCAUUCUGUGAAAUAAUUUGGUGACGGCUUGAGUGCGAAAUUUUAGAUAUUUAGACCUUAAAAGGUUUUGACUUUGAAGACUUUUCAUGCGUAGUGUGAUGGAUGGGAAAGACAAAGUGACCAGUAGGCCUACUAGAUGUAGUAAUCACAUAUUUGAAUUACCACUCCCAGUUCAGGAGUUGGUAGAAAAGUCUACAAUCAAAAAAGGAAAUAAGCGCCACCAAAAAUGUCCCCCAAGUAUUGUCAACAGUUGUCCAUCUCGUCUUCAAAAUCUCCAUUCAGCUGUGCAGGCUCCCCUGCCAACUAUAAACUCUUCCAGGUUCAACUGCCCAUCAGUAUCAAGUGUUCCGUUCUCAGUACCUUCUAAGAGACCUGUACCUCCAUCUGGCGCCAAAAUGGAUAUUGUGCCCAGCCCAGGACUCAUGAACACUCCAUUUACUACAAGCCCACACCCUUUAAUAUAUGAUCAGGAGAAACCAGACAGAUGGGGUAGCUGCUAUAACAGCACUAACCCCCUUUCAAAUCCAAGUACAGAUUCUUUUGUGUCUGAUGAAACAUAUGGCUUGGAUGACAAAUUUGAGGACAGCAACUUGCAGACUUUGUUGACAUCUGAGGUCAUGAGUUCUCUCCAAACUUCUUCCGCAAACAUUCCCAAAGAGUUUCAAUGGGGAGAAAAACCAGACACAAUCAACUCUGUGCAGACAUCAACAGACAGUUUGGGCUCUACACCAACUCUUGCAGAACUUAAUAUGGAAUCUGAUCUGUCUAUUGUGUCUGAAAUAUUGAAUCUUGACCCUGAUGAAAACUCUGCACUGGAUUUUCUCUGCAGCAGUAUCAGUUCAACCCUACCAAGCUCAGUGUCAUCUGGCUCUUUGAAUUCUACACAGCCGCCGACAUGCUUUACGUCUUCGUCCCAAAAUUCUCAGAAAUCUUGUGACCCAAAAGUUAUUUCAAGCACUUCCCAGUACGGACAAGCAAAAAGUGUGGAGGUUGCUGGAGACAAUUACAUCAGAAACUACACACCAGCGAGAAAUAACUUCCCCCCACGAGCCUCUCAACCCCCUCUUGUUGGAGUUGUGACACCUGUCAAAAAAGAGGAAGAUGAACUUGCUAUGCACGAUAUGAAAUCGUCUAGUAAUUAUGACAAGCUUCAGAACCAGUCACCAUUUCUCCACAAACUGUUGAAACAGCAGACAAACUCUAUCAAAACAGAAUGUCAAAGCUCUGUUGUUUCUGAGAACAAGGAUACCACGUGUCUGAUGAAAAGCGAGUUGCCUGCUCAGAUUGUCCCACCAUCGACAGGUGCAGCGAAGAGAAAUCUCAAUGGUUCUAUUAAAAUCGAACCAACCUCCCCAGAGACAGCACCAGUAUUCCAUAGUGAGGAAUCCAUUGAGCAAAAAUGGAAAGACAUUGAGAAUUUCAUCCAUAACCCAGAAGAGCCUGUUGUCAAGAAAAGAAAACGCUGUGAUUCCGGAGGAUCGGAACAUACGUCAGAUGAUGAUGAAUUUGAUGAGGCGUACGGAGACAAGGAUGUUGAUGACAGUGAUGAUGACGAUUAUUCUGACAUUGAUGACGAUCUCACACGCAUUACUCCAUCUGAGUGUGAGUCUCUCGUGGCCACAGGCAAGAAGCAGAAACAGUAUUUCUGGCAGUACAAUGUGCAGUCAAAGGGCCCCAAGGGAACCAGGCUCAAGCUGGCCGUUGAGUCUCCCUCUGAUCCUCAUGUGCUCAACGACUUCGAGGACCCUGUCUUCGACGAGUGCAACACAUUGGUUGCAGGGAUUCGACAUGGAGGAAAGGCGAGAAAAGGAGACGGCAAUGAGAUCUCCCCAAACCCCAAGAAACUCUUCAUGAUUGGCCAUCAGUUGCUGAGGCUGAAUCAGCAAAUAAAUGCGUGUCAACUGGGACCUGACGUGCCGCUUACAAAGAGGAAUGAGUCCAGGAAAGAAAAGAACAAAUUGGCAUCUCGGGCUUGCAGACUGAAGAAGAAGGCUCAGCACGAGGCCAACAAGAUCAAGCUCUAUGGACUGGAACAAGAGCACUGUCAGCUGAAUUCAGUGAUAAAGUUUAUCUGGCCCUUGUUGAGAGAAAGGACAAAAGCCUUCAUGAGCCAGAUGGGAAAGUCAGCGAUGUCAUCUUUGCCUUCAUCAUCAGAAUCCCUUGACAGGAAACUGGCAGCAUAUCGCAGUGAAAUGCUGAAAGCUGAUGUUGCUGGCAAGACAGUGGACUAUGUGAACAAUGUGAUCCUGAAAGUGGAGAGUGGAGACAACAGUGGUGGUCUGGAUACCAGGAGAAGCCGCAAGACAUGAACAGUGAAUUGUCCACAUUCAGACUGUCUGCCAGAGAAUGGAGAAAAGGGCGUUCAAAUGAGAAGUCAAAAACGAGGUCUGAGCAUCCACGCUUGAGGCACAUGCAGAGGACAGCGCCAGUUGCUCCCGCACACACUUUGCUUCAUCUCUUACCUGCUCUUGGUAUAGAAAUUUCUCAGUCAUUAAUGUAUCCUGUCACUGAGCUUUCAUGAAUAGAAAUAGAAACAAAGAGUUUGGGGAAGUCCUUUGGUUACCUUCUAAUGUUGAUGAAUGGCUGCAAAGUGCCAUGUUUCAGGAGUUUUUUCAUACCAUCGAAGUCUUAAAGCUGUGUUAGCAGCUAGUUUGAUUAACUUACUAGAUGUAAUUUGUAGAUAUAAUGAAAGGUAGGAAACGACUGUAGUCGUCAGUCCUAAGUGCUUCAUUAUAAAUUCAAGACAAUAUUUGUAAAUAGAUUUUAAAAGGAAUACAGUCAGGACUCAAUAUAACAUUAUCAGGGAUAUUGGUGUAUUAAUAUGCUGAUCCAUUGUUAAUUCUAGUCAUGAACUGAAUAUUUGGCAGGAGAGAAGAGUUUGAGACCUUUGUAGGUCCAUGGUACUCUUGUUAAGGUGAAAAUGUGUGGUUGAACACCUCACUUCGCUUGAAGUUGGAAGCGGUCUUCCGCUGCGGCCCGAUCCAUUCCGAGGCUAUGAUUUCAUUCACUUCUACAGAAGACAAUGUGUACCGUACUUAAAGUCCAUUCUAUAUUGUUGUCAUCAUUUUAUGAAUUUUGUUGUUGUUCUUUUUUGUGGAGGGGGGGGGGGGUCCAUAUUUUGUUUUGCUUAUGCUGACAUUUUAUAGAAAGCAGUAUAGUAGAAAAAUUGGAGUUAAAACAAAUAAUCUUUUGUAUGCGAUAAAAUCUUGCUGUAUUUAAUGAGAACUAUUUAUCUGAGUCUCCUGUAUUAGUUGGUGGGAACUGCCGGAUGAAAUUGUGCAAUAAAGUUCUGUCAACCACUUGUUCCAUUUUACUGAUGGGAAGAUGGAAUGCCGGAGACGUACUUGUCUAUACUAUAGGUUCACUGUCUGAGACUUGAAUUUUUUAAAGUAUAGCUUAAAUGAAAAUUUGGAAUCUUUUCAACUUGCAGUUACUUUGCUUUUACAAGAGUCAAAAAGGAAUAGUAAAUCUUAUUUCUUUUCAACAUUUGUAGUAAUUCAGAGUAGUCUGUCGUAUAGCAUUGUCAUUGGUGUCUUUUUUUUCCCCCACUUAUUCAACUUUUCAGAGUUUUUAAUUUUAACCAGUUCUGAUGAGAAUCUACAGGUGAAUUGUUUUUUACAAUUAAUUUUUGUUCAAUUUUCUAUGGAAUUGAAUGCUUCAUAUAUAGUUACUUUACGCACAUCCCUAAAUUUACCUGCAGUGAUUAUUGCGAUGUAUUUUCUUAAUUUCUCAUACAUUGUAAAGUCUCUCACAAGCCGUAGUAUUUGACUGGGAGAAUAAAAGCUCCUCCAUCUUCCGUAACAUCUAUUAAAAUUAUAGCUCUCUUUUUAAACACCCAAUAAAUAUAUACAUCAUGUUUUGUUUGUGUCUGCAAUGUCUCCUUAUUAGUAAGUUUUGUAAUCAUCAGUGACUUUAAUUAUUGUUAUCAGGUCGACAUUGUUUGUAUUUGUUUUGGACACUCCCACCCCCUCCCCUUACUUUGAAUCAAAAGUUGAGGUAAAAAAAGAUGUAAGAGUUGUUUUUAUAGUUGAUGAAGACUUACCAACACAUUUGAUUUUCAAAUAAAAAAUAUAAUUAUUUGAAUGCUGUUAAUGACAAAUGGCUUGCCUUGACCCGUUUUGCAUGUUGAUCGAAUUCCAUGAUCAUGUGUGAUAACAUGUUUUGUAUUCUCACUUUCAAGUAAUGUGAAAAUAUUCAUCUUAUUAAAUCAUGCAUUUCUGUAAAAGUUGAGACAAGAUGUUAUACUGCCAUUUUAUACACGAUGUAUACUUUAAAAUACAUCUCAUCCAUACAUAUUUACGAGCGAUGGGGUUGUCGUCAAGUUUAACCCUUAAAAACAUAUAUGAUAUUGAAAACUUUCUCAUGAGCUGUAUGUGUAUAUAUUUUGAGUUAAGAUGUCUUAAAUUUAUUGCUGUGUACAGAACAGGUUUUUAAACUGAACAUGACUGACUGAUAUUCAUUGUUUUUGAUUAUUGUAAAUCCAUUGUUGAUGAAGACAAUAAAGAUUUUUGUUGAUAUGAAAAUUUA